GGAAAACUGGAUCAUCUACCCAUGCAUUGUUGUAGUCUGUUUGUUCUGAUACCCCUUGAUUUGCUCGAGUGCACAACAUCGGUCAGCCUCACGACUUUGCGGCUUUCAUUUUUACCUCCUCGAACUCAAUCGCGCUCCUUGUCGACGACCAGCAAGUUCAGAAGAGCUCGCCAUGAGGUUCGGCGAUUACCAAGAGCUCUGUUCACAAGUUCCUUCAUACACAUGGUGUAACCUUUUUUACCGUCAAAUACAAGAUUUCCAACCGUCUCUGCUCACUGGCACAUCAGCGGAUCCUGCCUCAGCACCGGUAGGAGUUAACCCUACCUGUGGAACUUUAAGAGUCGGGAACGACGGGAGUUUGGGAAACAUCUCGAAUGUGGUUGUCUGUGCGGUUAGCAUGUUGGUGGUUCUUGGGCUGAUUUAUCUAGUUGGAAGGCGGAAAGCAGCAGUCGGCCGAGUAGAAUUUCGUUUUCUACUCAUCGUUUACUUUUUAACGCUACCGUUCCAACUUUUAACAAAUGGAUCCUUGCUCGAACAAGGAACUACAGCUCUAGUAGUUCUAACAGCGAUUCAUGCUGGUCUCGUUGUUACUCUUUUCUUGGGUCUUCUGGCCAAUGCUAUCGUCGCAACGCAAGUGGUCGAAGAUGGUACCAUGGCCUCAGUGAUUCCGUACCUAUUAUUCACGAUCAUCUUUUUCGGCGGAACAGUUUACGUAUCACUCGACAUUGCACUAGGCAUCACCAAAACUCUAGGACCUACCGAGAACCCUAGCGAACUACGGAGCAUCGCUCUCUUCGUUUUGACAAGUAUUUGGCCCGCUGCAUCCGCGCUGAUCUAUUUCGUACUUAUGAUAUACAUCAUUCUUGGAGUGCUUAAUGAAAUCCGACCUGUAUGGUUCUUCAUUUUAGCUGCGGGUGUGUUUGUCUUGGCCCAGCUUGCAUGGUUCUUGUUAGGGAAGGUCAUUUGUCGGAGAACCAAUGCAAAAAUUGACGGCUCAUUCAUUGCCACCUUCCUUGAGACUGUUUGUGUUCUUUUGUUGUAUCUCGGUUGGAGGAAUAUAACAGAAGAAUCCUGGGAAGACACUGCCUAUAAUUGAGCCCGAAAUAACGAAAAUACAAAAAAUACAAAAAUCACUAACCUAUGACGAUACCCUGCCUCAUCGCGAUUUUGGUUUGAUGUACAACAUAAUGAAAAGACGGAAACCUUGCUGGUGGACGUUGUCAUGAUAUGAAGGGGAGGAGGAAUGGAGGUGCAGGACUGGACGACCUUGUACUGGUAUUCUGCUUCUUGGUGGGAGGUUGGCGCCUAUUCCAUCUUUAUUUUUCUUUGUGUGUUGCUCGAUCUUUUUUACCUCGACAGUCUGUUUAUCUGAUGACUUACCUCGUUAUACCCUUCUGUCGAUUUCCUUUUUGUUUUGUUCGAGCCCGUGGACUCCCUACACCCACCUAGAUUCUUCGUUCGUGUUUUUGCCCCCUCACAAAUAGGUGUUGGUGUUAGUUUCGUAUUAUAUACCGUGCAUGUACCUACGUCCUGUUGAACCAUUUUCCCUUCGCAGUUCAGCUUGUGUCACGACACGCCGUCGC